UUACCCUUAUAUAAGAGAGAUGAUAACCACAACAAUCAUAACCAGUCAUUCAUACAUAUAACUAUUGCUCCUACUUUUAUCUCCCAAUAUCUUCCUCUUGCUAUAAAUAUAUAAUCAGGCCGAAAAAGACUUUUUGUUAAAAGAGAUUGUUGAUUCUUAAGUUAUCAGGAUGGAGGAAGUGAAGAAGAUUAGUUGUAUGAAGAAGGCAAUGCCAUUCAUUUUAGUGAUAUUGUUACAAGUAGGGCUAGCAGGAAUGGACAUUCUCACAAAGGCUGUACUAAACGAAGGCAUGAGCAAUUACGUUCUCGUGGUUUACCGUCAUGGCGUUGCUGCCAUCAUUAUGGCCCCGUUCGCUUUCUAUUUCGACAAGGCGGCCAGACCUAAAAUGACACCGAUGAUAUUUUUCAAGAUAACACUCCUCGGCUUAUUCGAACCCGUAAUAGACCAGAACCUAUUUUGUCUUGGGAUGAAAUACACGACAGCUACAUUUGCAACCGCCUUGUACAACACCUUACCCGCAGUUACUUUCAUCUUGGCCUUAAUAGUAAGGCUUGAAAAAGUGAAGCUUCGGAGUAUGAGGAGCGCUAGCAAAGUAAUUGGAACCAUGGCUUCAGUGGGAGGAACCAUGAUUAUGACACUUGUCAAAGGUCCAGCUCUCGACCUCUUUUGGACCAAAGGACCCUCAGCACAGAACACAACCGGGACCGAUAUCCACAGUUCCAUCAAAGGCGCAGUUUUGGUCACAAUUGGUUGUUUCAGCUAUGCAUGUUUCUUUAUUCUCUAUGCGAUCACGUUGAAGAUUUAUCCGACCGAGCUCUCACUCACAGCAUGGAUAUGCCUAAUGGGGACAUUAGAGGGAGCAGCUGUGGCAUUAGUCAUGGAGAGAGGAAAUCCAGGUGCAUGGGCCAUUGGUUGGGAUAACAAACUUCUUACCGUCACAUAUAGUGGGAUAGUGUGCUCAGCGCUUGGUUACUACAUUGGAGGACUGGUGAUGAAAACUAGAGGUCCUGUCUUUGUAACAGCUUUUAGUCCUCUUUGUAUGAUUGUAGUAGCAUUUAUGUCGAGCAUCAUCUUUGCUGAGCAGAUGUAUCUUGGAAGGGCUCUUGGUGCGGCAGUUAUAUGUGCAGGACUAUACCUUGUGAUAUGGGGUAAAGGAAAUGAUUACAAAGAUGCUUCCACAAAUCCAACACAAACAAAACUAGAACUAAUCGGUAACGAGAAAGACAGUGUUGGUCAUGAAAUCAUCAAUAUCAGGAAGGAAGAAGAACAAAGAACAGUUGUAGAAACAGUCUAGCUCAACAUUAUCAGCCCAAAUGUAUUAUAUGGAACAACAGAUUUUCAUUAGUUAAGAUUCUUUUGAAAAUUAAUAGUUUUAAUUUCCUUGUUUUUUGCUCAAAAAAGAUAAAAAUUUCCUUGUUUAUUUUGUUACAAAAAAAAUCCUUGUUUAUUUACUUUUUUCAAAAACAUCUGCUCCUAAACAUUAUUUACCAAGUGAUUUGUACAUGUGUCAUCAUUACAAUCACUCUAAGAAAAAAAAUAAUGACAUGGCUAACAAAAAAUGUGACAUGGAUCUUUCUUAAUUAUAACACGGCAUAAAAUUAAUUGUGACAUAAUUCAAUUAUAGAAAUAAAAAUCUAAGAUAAUAAGUAUAUAGCCUUUACCGUAUUUAUAAAACAUAAAUAAAUA